GCCCGCUCAGUGCUCCGGCGCCCUGGCAGCGGGGCAGCGGGGCAGUGCGGCGCCGUCCUUCGCGUCGCCCGGUGCAUGUGCGAGCGAGCGUGAGUGCGCGACCACAGCCACACAGCCAUGCAGCACCACCCGUGGAUCCUGCCGUGGGGGCUGCCCUUGCAGAAGGUGGUGGCCUUGCCCUUGGGCCCGCACCCGGGCCUGCUGCACCAUCACCACCAUCACCACCCGGUGCACGUGCCGCCCCCGGGCGUGCUGGGGCUGGCCGCCCCCGCGCCGCCCCUCGCGCUCAGGCCCUUCGUGCAGCCGCCGGCGCGGCCCAGGAAGGUGGUGGAGAAGGACAAAGGACCCGGAGCAGACGCCAACAAAGGAAGCAGCGAGAAGAGGAAGUCUGACGAAGGAGAACCCAACAAAGAUCUUAAAAAGGCGAAGCUGGAGACGAAGGCCUUGAAGGCGAAGCGACCUGGCUUCACCGAUGACCGCUACAACGAGACGUCGUAUUACAUAGAGAACGGCCUGCGGAAGGUGUACCCCUACUACUUCACCUUCACGACCUUCACGAAGGGCCGCUGGGUCGGCGAGAAGAUCCUGGACGUGUUCGCCCGAGAGUUCCGGGCGCACCCGGCGGAGGAGUAUGAGAGGUGUAUAAAAGCUGGAACUCUGACAGUCAACUAUGAGAAAGUGGAUGUUGACUAUCGACUUAAGCAUAAUGACUUGCUGGCCAAUGUCGUACACAGGCAUGAAGUUCCCGUUACCUCCGAACCUAUCACCAUAGUUCACAUGGACGAGGACCUAGUGGUCGUUAACAAACCUGCCUCUAUCCCUGUGCACCCGUGCGGCAGAUACAGGCACAACACCGUCGUCUUCAUCCUCGCCAAGGAGUGCAACCUGAAGAACCUGCGCACCAUCCACCGGCUGGACCGCCUCACGUCUGGCCUCUUGCUGUUCGGCCGCACGCCCAAGAAGGCGCGCUCCAUGGAACAGCAGAUACGCAACCGACAGGUGCAGAAAGAGUACAUUUGUCGUGUGGAAGGAGACUUUCCUAACGAGGCGGUGGAGUGCCAGGAGCCCAUCGAGGUGGUGAGCUACAAGAUCGGGGUGUGCAAGGUGUCGCCCAAGGGCAAGACCUGCACCACGACGUUCCAGAAGCUCGGCUUCAACGGCAAGACCAGCAUCAUAUCCUGCAAGCCCCACACGGGACGCAUGCACCAGAUACGCGUCCACCUGCAGUACCUGGGCUAUCCCGUGGUGAACGACCCUCUGUACAAUCACACUGUGUUUGGACCGGAGAAAGGUCGUGGAGGAAACAUCGGCAAGUCUGAUGAAGACCUGAUCAGGGACCUGAUCAACAUCCACAACGCCGAGAACUGGCUGGGGAUGGAUGGCGACUCGGAGCUGAGCAUGCUGAAACCUUUGAAGUCUGACCUUGAAGAUGGGAAAGGCGGAGGUAGCGAAGCCAGCCUCGCGGAUGAGGACGGGGAGAUAAGCCGGGAGGCGUCGCCCUGCGAGGAGGCCCUGGAGGCAGACCCGGGGCCCGGGGGGCCGUCGCCCGACCCGGCCCCCACCCCGACCGCGGUCCCGCCGGCGCCCCAGUGCCGCGCCAAGGUGACCGUGGCGACCCAGACGGGCCACGAGGCGCCCGACCUCUCCUUCAACAGCGAGAAGAUGACCACGGACCGGCACUGCUACGAGUGCAAGGUGCGCUACCGCGACCCCAAGCCCAAGGACCUCGUCAUGUACCUGCACGCGUGGAAGUACAAGGGUCCGGGCUGGUCGUACGAGACGGAACUCCCGGAGUGGGCGCGGCACGACUGGACGGACGACGACUGAGCUUCGCUCUCCACCAGAACUCCUCAGGGUCCAACACGCAUGGAAGCACGCGACUCCCUGCCGCUGGCCCUCGCGGCGCAAGUUGCGAGUAGCCGAGGGCGAUGUUAGUGGCAAAGUUCUGGCAUCUCAUUUUUUUUAAAACAAUUUUCUUCUUUUUCUUUUGGAGUUGUGUAAAGACACGCAAAGACGUGCACUUUGCAGUAAUUUUUUUUUUCAGUAUGUAACCAGCGUGUAGAAAAAAAAAUAAUGAUAAAAAAAAAAGGACUUGAUGUAUGCCUUCUGCAUGGACGGCCACUGGCGUUUUCUCAGCGACGUAAAUGUGCGCAGAGAGGGAAUUGAUUUUGUUUUCUUUUUUUUUUUCUGUUCAAGUCUUCAGAUGUGGAGCGAUGCACUCCUGUUAAUCGUAAGGGAUCAAUACCGUUGCAAGUUGCAAGUGGGAAUCAAGUGUCGACGUUACAAGAGCUGAAAGGCAGAUCCGCAGCUGUCCUUGACUUAGCUCGAAUUUUUUUUUUUUCUUUUUUUCCAUGCUCUACACCCCAGUAAAGAGAUGUAGAACUAGUUCAUGCAUACUGUUAGUCUUUGUAGAUAAUUCUUGACUGUGUUUGUAAUACAUGCGAUAUAAUUUUAGUCUUGUUAGACAUACACUUGUUUUCUUUUUUUUUAACAGAGAAGGAUAUUUCUAGUCAUUGUUCACUGUAAGUUUGAGUGGCAUGACUACUCUGCCCCUAGUUCUCAUCAGCAUCUCUGGAUUUUGCACGGGCAGUCCUGUUGAGACUUUGGUACGUACAAGGUACUGGUCGCAUCUUCCCAGUGACUUCUGCAUCAUCGCUUUGCCGUCCAGGUUUCUCUCGCCUCUCCCCUGAAUGAUCUGGUUGAAAGCGAGCAGGUGUGGCAAUGAGCUGGUGUUAGUGGCUAUCACUUGUGAAGAUGCUUCUUGCAUCAUGACGAUUCUGUUCUUGGAACUGGGGGCAGCAGGGAAUGAGUUGUGGUUCCUCUGUGUCGUACAUGUUUGGUAUGCUCAACCAUGACAUACAUGCUAGAAAGUAGUCUGUCAAAGCAAAGUUUUUUUUUUUUGGUACUUAAUUAAUCAUGUGCUUGCAAAGGAGAAGAACCACAGUUGAAUUCAACAUGAGAAAGUGUUUUUCCAGUAUAUAGUUUAAAAUAUCGUGAACUAAACAAAAAAAUUGUUCAGGCUUGCAGCUACAAGACAUAAAAAUGCCUUCAUAUAAAUAAAACAUUUAUCCCUUGUGGGAUAAAAUUAUAUUUUUAUAGUAUUUGUAACAUUUUCACAAAAUCUUAUAGAAAAAUAUAUAUACAUUUAAAAGUUGGAAUGUUAGUAACAGUCCUGCGAAAAGUUUGAACAAAAAAAAUUGCUUAAACAAUAAUACUAAUGACAAUCAGCUUGAACUAUUUUGUUUCAAGAAUUUGAAACUAUAUUCUCUGUAAUGCCUAGUUGGCCUGAAAAACAAUUAUUAUCAUCAUUUUAUAUUUUAAGUGGUUAAAAUCCAGUUUUAUUGCUUUUUUUUCUUUCUUCUUUUAAAAGUACUUCACUGAAAACCUUUUUAAGUAAAAAAAAAACAACCAUUUGAUGGCAUUUUUUUUUCUAUCUUUGCUGUUUUCUUAUGAAUAUUAAAAAAAACUUAUAAGACUUUUGUAAAUUUAUUGAAGUGAAGUUGUUUAGUAAAUGUUUUAAAGAAAACCAUUAUAUAGUUUUUAUUUGUAUUAAAAUGAAAGAAGUUCUUAACCAAAGUAUUUCAGUGUGAAAGGAUGAAAAAAAUGUUUGAAUGUUAGGAAUUCUUGAAGAAUUGUUCAAUGAGCAAACUGUGAUUUUGCUGUUCUCAUAAAAUUGUCAUCUUCUUCCUUGCUAUAAAUCUUUUCAGCCAGUUUUGAUAUGUCUGCCAUACUCUUCUUUGUUGAAAAGAUGAAUUAUAUUAGGUACCUUUGUUAACACAUGCAUAUUAUUUUAUUGAACCUGUAAAAUCUCAUAAGUGGUCAAACUAGAUAUGAAACUCAGAAACUUGUUAGUGUUGUCAAGUAAUUCAUUCUUGGCCUCCUUUUCUUUAUCAUACUUGCCGAGUUAAAAUUAUCCCUUAACCUUACUAUAUGUUGCCAUGUUGCUUUUUUGAUUGUUCCCACCCAUGUCUCUCAAUCCUUCUCAGGAAAUAAAAUACAUUUUAGUUAUGUACUGCCAACAGAGUUUGAAAAAGUUUACCUGGUACUGUCUUAUCCAGCCUUUUGAACCAUUUUUAUGUAUGUAUUUUUCUCUACUUGCAUUGCAGUUUCUCAUUUCCAGCAUAGUUUGCAUCUUUACAUUAUCAAGUUUUUUAGGUAGACAUUUACAAGCGGGGACUCAACAAAAACAACAGAUUUUUGUCAAAAAUUUAUGCACUUUUCAAGUCUUUUUUCCCACUGUUUGAAGCAACUCAGGAACUCUUCCAAUUUAGAUAUCCUCCAGUAGCCUUUGCAGAGCUGUUUAUACCGCCUCCACAUCAUCAAAACGUUUUCCUUUUAGUCCUUUAGUCCUUUCAGUCUCAGGAACAGGAAAAAGUCGCACGAGGCUGCUAGGUCUGGAAAAUAUGGAGGGUGGACAACGAAAGACCACCCCUGAGAAGCCAGAUAGCAGUUCACUCGUAAGGCAGUGUGUGCAGGGGCGUGCUCAUGAUGAAGGAACGUAUCACCUGAUCACCAAAGUUUUGGGUGUUUCUUCUGCACAUCCUCUUGCAAUCAUCUUAAAACUUCCAAAUAAAAGUGCUGGUUAACAGUCUGGCCAGGGGGAACAAAUUCCUGGUGCACAAUUAUAAGAAAAACUUAAAAAAACACAAUUAUAAGAAAAACAUAAAAAAAAGCCAAUGAUUGUCAUCUUACUUGUCUUGCAUUUUUUUGGUCUGGGAGUCUUUCACUGGCUUGACGCUUGCUUAGUUUCUGGGUCAUAUCCGGAACAUAAAUCGUCACCUGUAAUGACUGUAAUGGAUCACUUUCAAUCUCUUUUUUCAGGUCCUGGCUCAAAUUCAAUCAAAUGUAUUUUUGAUCCUGUUUGAGAAGGCAAGGAACAAAUUUAGUGGCAAACACAUUUCAUUUGCAAAUCCUCAGUCGAAAUCCGCUGACAUAAGCUCCAACUCACUCCUGUCUCUUCUGAAAUUAAGUCGAUCGUGAAACGAUGAUCUUUGAUUUUUUUGGCGGAUUUUUUUUUCUCAAUGUUUUCAUUGAUUCGAAAUAUUGAAGGGCGCCCAGAACGAACAUGAUCUUCAAAACUCAUCUCACCACGUUUAAAGUGCCCAAACCACUCAAAAACUUUUGUGCGGCUCAUAGCAUCCUCCUUGAAAGCCUUUUGAAGAAUUUUGUAAGUUUCAGUUGCUGAUUUUUCAAGCAGGAAAGAAAAUUUGAAACACACUUAUGCUCUCUUAAAUCUGCCAUAACGACUUCACAAGCGGAACACAAGAACAGUGAGAGAAAAACAGUACUACGAACAAACAUUAACCUACAAACUGAUGCCGUCUGGACAGCUGUUUAGUGAAGAUAUCUACUAACCAUAUCUAGCGGGACUACUCUACUACGUCUAUGAUUGGCAGUAUCAGUCAAGUUGUUUUGGGUCCCCCCCCUCCCCUCCUCCCAAAUAUUCUAUAGCAUUUUGAUGUGUAAACAUCUUAGCCUUCAGUACACAGCAUUUGGUUGGAGUAAUUUCGUGAAUGUGAAACUGAAAUGCAUAACCAUGGUGCUGCGCCUGCGUGGAAUUCUCACAAAAUUUGAAAAUAUGUCAAACCCGCAUGAUUCAUUUGUAUUAGCUUUUUCAAUAUCGUUCAAACUAAAGAUAUGCCUUCACCCCCUCAGGCACCAUUACAUCAUAAAACGCAAUUAUCUUAUAAUAUUGUAUAUAAAAUAAGAAUAUUUCAGAAAAAAAAUAUAUUAAAAGUCCUUUAACUUUACAUUUUGUUCUUUUAAGCAACCUUGCCUACACCAGUACACAAACAUCAUCAUAACUGUUACGAAACUCCCCGAAGUGCAUCAAAUGCACCAACUGAGAAAAAUUGUAGGAAAUAAAAAAAAAUUUGUCCAACCUGGGUUGGGUUGGGUUGGGUUGGGUUGUGUUAGGUUAUUACCAUCUUGUCAAACGGAUUUAUAGUUAUACCUGUUUUACCUAAAAUGAAUUCUUUUCGUAAAUUUAUCAUACUUUGCAUUAUUUUUGAGAAUUCUACGUUAAAUUUUGUGUUCGAGUUACGUAUUAUAAGUUUAUUUUUUACAUGAGAACACAUUUAUCUCCUAGUUACUCACAUAUUUGUUAUAACAUUUUCAUUAGAAUUAUUUCACCAUCAAUUUUUUUAGACAUACUAACUUAUAAGGAUACUAAUUCUUUGACAACAUGAUAAUCAUAUUGUAGAAAACUGAAGUGUUUGGAGAUGCUAGAUCAGGCCUUCUCGGUUAAAUUUACCAUCAGGCCACUUGCAUUAAUUUUGCAAUCACAUGAGAUUCUGAAAAUCCAAAAUUUAAAAAAAAAAUUACAUAAAACUCAUUAUAAUUAAUGUUUAGCAAACAAAAUCUAAUCAUUAUCAGAGAUAUAAAUCAUAGUACAUGUUAAUCCAUUUUACAAAAAUACAAUAGCAUGUUGACCAACUUGACAAGAAUUUUAACGUGAAAAAUGCCUCGUCCUGUUCUUCAAAAGUUCUGUUUACUGAGGCCCAUAAUUGGUGCAAAAAAAUAUUUUUAGGCAUUCAAAAGUGUCAUUUCUCAAACAAGUUUAAUUUUUGCAUUUAAUGUACCGUGUUUUAUUGCAUAGUCAUCACACAUUUUAUUCUAAAAUCAAGUUUUAAAAGUAUGGGUGAGACGUUUAUGCGAGAAUAAAAAUUUUUGUCAAACAAAGUUAUUCAUAAAAAAAAUCGGUUUUCUGUAAAGUCGGUUUUCGGACGACAGUUUAACGUGACGUCAUAACAAAACAUUGCUGAAAUGAUUGAUCCAGAAGAAAAGAAAUAUCAUAUUCGGCCUGAGACUCAAACCAUUUAGGCAUUAAAAAUAUUAUAUUCUUUGAGGAAGAAAUUUUUUUUUUAAAUUUUCUAUCUUUUGUAUGAUAAAAUCUACCUCUGCAUACUUUAAAGAAUAAAAUUGAAUCAAUUUUAUUGAAUUAUCACUAUUUUGUAUGGAUACAAAGAAGGAGUGAAAUGAAAUGUACAAUUUAAUUAAUAAAUUUACUUUUAUUUGCAUUCAUUAAUUCAAAUAUAUUUAUUACUUUUGAAAUGUUGCGUGCGCCGUAUUUAUUUCUACAAGUACAAAAAAAAAUACACAGCUGCCAAGAUUCAAACCGAUAACCUUUGGAUUGGAAGUCAUCCAUGCUGACCACACGGCCACGAGACCAUAAUGAUAAUAAUUGUUUUAGAUGAUUUAAAAUAAUAAUAUUCCACGCACAAUAUUUGUUUGAAUUUCUUUUAACUAGCAUAUUCUCUGUUGGACUCGAAAUAUUUACACGCUAGUGGGCUCAUAACUAUAAUACGGUGUGUGAUUUAGUUGAUCAAAUAAUAACUCAUAACAAAUAAUUACCAAUGUCAAACUAAAGCGUGAAAAGUGUCAUACCAGCAAUAAAUAUUAAGUUACACAGCUAAAACAAUACUCAUACAACACUGUUUAAAUAUACUGAUUUACCCUAGUAAUUAAAAUAAUACGUACUUAUAAGAACGCCAUUUCCUUGCGAAUAUACUCCCGUGGCGCGGUGCACAACAAUAACCUCGAACCCCGGCCAAGUUCUCUGUACCGUCCGCAACAUACCAGAAAGAUGCCACGCAUGCGUAAACAGGACACAUCCGUAGUGGGACAUCCGUAGUGGGACAAUUUUGUGCGUGCAGCCAGCGUUCAUCGAUUUAUUAGACGUUGUCACGUCAAAACAAAACACAUUCAUGGAAAGUAUGUUUAUUUAAAAUGUGAAGUAUAAAAGAGCACUCCAAACAAUUUAAAGUAAUAAUUCAUGCAACAAAAACCUUUCUUCAAAUUAAUUAGAAAAACAAAAUCUGUGAUCCAAAUGAGCACCUGAAUGAACGCGUAACUAUCUCUGUAGUACACACCAUCGUUGUAGUACACACCACAAGAGUGUGCGGGAUAUCAAAUGUAGUUAACUCGGCACUUGACAGAGAGCACGCAUUGCAUGCAAUCGGCGAGAUAUCGAUAUUCAACUAUGUGUGUGCUCUAUAUGGGAAGCAACAUAACCAAACACGAAUGAUGCCAACUAGCACUGGCUACAUUUUUGUAAGUGGUACACCGCGGCGACGCAAAUGAACAGAUAAAGGUUAUAACGUUUAAAAACUUCUUUAAAAGAAAAUUUACACAUCAGAUAACUUCGUAUUUCCGUUAAUUAAAUAGAUAAGUGGUAAAGUCUGAAUAAAUAUUAGAUUUCUACUUUAAAAUACAUUGUUUUAUAUGGAAAAAAUACCCACACAAAGCGCUCUUGAAUCUAAUAGCGGGACCAAAAACAUCAUGCGUUUACGAGAAAGGAUUUUUUUACCCAAAUUUUGACGUCCUAAAAUAUAGGUGCAAUGAUUAUGCGUGUGCAACAAUUUUGCGAUAAAAGAGGGUACUCUAGUGGAUCUGUGUUGAUCCUAACAGGGUCAGUACUUUGAUUGCUAUUUCUGUAAUAAUUGGAAAAAUUUUCAUGUUACUUAGAUCAGUUCAGAAGUUUAUGUAGUCAGUAGCUGUCUUGGAGAGUUCAUUCACUCUUAGCCCAACAGAAAAGUCACACGUUUCCAGCUUUAGACUUAACUUCAUCAAUUGAAAACCAACCUUUAAGUUCAUUUAUGAGCUCUGGUGUAACAUUUUAGUCAUGGCGGGUCAGCAGAUAUAUGCCUGCGGGCCACCUAUUGAGAAGACAAGUGAUAGAUGCCACAUCAUGUUGCACUCAAAAUGUUGGCUUUUCUGGAAAGGCAGGGAAAAAUCAGGGAAUUUGGAGUUGGUCAGGGAAAGUUAGGGAGCCCGCACUGGCUAUUUUCUUCUUUUAUGUCCUUGUUUGGUUAGUUUCUCUGAAUAAUUUAGAAAUUAAUAUGAAAAGGAACAAUUUCAAUUUUAUUAUCAUCUAAUCUAAGGUGCUGAUUUAGAUUUCAAUUUCAGUGUUCAUGAUUAAUAUAAGAAAAAACUUAAAAAAGAUUUUAUUGCCUCAUGUAGUGAGGUGACUUCAUUGGAACUUGAUCGUUAGCAUUAAUAAAACUAAACCCAAGUAUAAUUUUUCUACAAAGAACAUCAAAAUUUCUUAAGAUGAAUUUGAAAAUAAUGGCUGAAGUUUAAUUUCCAGGUGUGCUUAAAAUCAUUGUUUUUUUAGAGUUUAUACAAAAUAUUUUACAGCCUAGUAAGGCCUUUCUCCAUUAUUUUAAGACCCUGAAGAAGCAAAUGGUUUAGGCCCUGCAUAGUCUAGAGCCACCUGGCAUAGAUGUACACAAUAGUGUGUCAAUAAAAGAAUCUCCCAGUUUCAGUGGUAUUUUUAACAGUUUAAUUUAGACUAUAUACAACAAAUCAUACAUCAAAUUGAAAGUAAAAUAACCUAGUUAUUUACAAAUGUUCAAUAAACAAAUGUUUGCUAAAAACAAAUUAAUUAAAUUGAGGUUUAUGUAAAACAUGUAAUAUAUAUUUUUUUUUGUUUUUAAAUUUUGGACUCCCAGAACCUCAGAUAAUUUUAAAAUUGAUGCAAGUGGCCUGAUGGUAAAUUUAACUGAGAAGGCAUGAUCUAACAUCUCCAAACACUUGAGUUAUCCACAAUAUGAAUAUCAUUUUGUCAAAUAAUUUGUAUACUUUUAAGUUAGUAUGUCUAGAAACAUUGAUGACAGAAUAAUUCUAAUGGAAAUGGCAGUUUUUUUUUUUUUUUAUACGGCACACAUCCAACUUAAAUUCCGAUUCUUCAUAGGCUUUGGUUAACAUGUCCGGAAUAAUGGAAGAAAUAGCCUCAUCAAUUCUGUAAAUCUAAUCAGGAUUAUCAUUAGGUAGCGGCGGAACAUAGACACAAUAUUUUAUGAAGCGUGAUCACACAAUGGGAUAGAUUAGAAAGACAAAGAUCUAGAAGGUUAUUGGAAGAUUGUAUUAGGUUGUGCUGAAUUAAAUCCAAAUUAGAUAUGAAAUCAAGUAGGCACUGAGCCUUGGAUCUGACAUGUGCACGAGCAAUAUUGAAAUAGUGAUUACCUUUCCAAUAUAAGUCAUUAACUAUUACUGCAAUUCUUAUUUGGCUAGACAUACUUUGUAGUCCAGUAUUGUACAUUUUUGACAGUUAAUAAAUUCUUGUCAUUAGAUCAUUAUUAUGCCUACAUACUAUAGUUUUUUUUUUUUUUUGAGGUAAUGAAAGAACACCAGAAACUAGUAAAUUUUAGAGGAAAACAAAUUAUUAAAUUAUAUGUUGACAUCAAAGGGUUUUUACAACUUGUUUUUUUUUUAAAAACUAGUUUAUUACAAUUACAGUGAAUGGUCAUGCUUAGCCAGUUUCUUGCUAUUAAAGGGGGGAAAAAAGAUUUAUUUACCAGCAGAUAGUAUGCAAUUAGUUUUGAAUAUACUACAUAUUUUCAAUUGUUAUCAAUAGUGGGUUUGUGUUUUUCGUAAAAUAUCUGAAAAGUUUUAUUGGGAAAUUUUUUAGCCAGAGUAUCUAAUAACUUGGUUCAAGUUGUUUAUUUUAAAAUAUUUGGAUUAAUGACUAUAAUUUGAAAACUACAACACAUUUAUGUUCAUAGUUUAUCCAUACCAUCAUUACCUCAUAUAUUUAGUUGGUAAACUUUUUAGUUAUUAUUAGUGUUGAAGUUUUAUUCUUUUGGAGCAAUGUUUUCAGAGACCAACUUCUUAUUUCCAAGUGUAGUUAUAUACUUAGUUUUAAUACUUGUACGUACAUAAUGAAAGACAGUGUAUUUUACUACAAAAAUUAACUAUGUUGUCUCAGCAUAUUAAAAAGGCCUAGAUGUGCACAUUCCGAAGUAUUUUAAUAGAAGUGCAUAAUUCACAACCAUUGUAUAAAUAUUAUUUAUCUUACUUUUUCCUAAUUACAACUUUGUAACUUUUACUUUACUUUUUAACUCAGUGUAAUUAUUUCAACCAUGUUUUUUUUUUUUGUGAAGUGCAUCAUUUGUCAGAAAUAAAUUUUUUUUUGUGUUUAAUCCAGUUUAUUUUUAUUUUUUAGAAAUCCACUACUGAUAAUUACAUUACAUCUUUAUUAUUUUAAUAACUCAAUAGGAUCUUUUUAUUUGGAAAAUACAAGAAUAAAAUAAUUUCCCUGAGAUUAUUAAAAUACCAGUAUCCAAUUUGUGUUUCCAUUAUGCAUGUAUCAAUAGAUACAUCAGUUUUCAUCACUGUGAUGCGUCCUUUCAUUAGUUCACCUGCUUUUACUGCUUUAUUUAUUUUCUUAAUGGUUUUGAAUUUGAUACAUGUAGAAAUGUGGCAUCAACAUUGCAUUUUAAUUUUACGGGAUCACUCAUGAGGAGUUACCACCCUCUGGAGUAGAAUCUGUAAUUAUAAAUUAGGUCCUAAUUAUAAAACUGACAAAGUAAUUUGGCAAACUGGAGAUGCUUCAUAAAAAAAACCAAAAAAACUUAUUGCAUUUGGAUGUCUACUAAAGGACUGCACGUCACGCAUGCAGCAUGCAGUGUAUGGAAGAAGACAAAACAUAUUUUUGAACAUAACAUUACUGUUAUUAUGGUUUAUUAUUUGUCAUUUUAAUAAUGUGUUGAAUUGCUCUGUUAGUAUUCAAAAUAGGACUCACAGUUAUACAAUAUAUUUUGCUAUAAAUGAUGUAAAGAAUAAUUGCUAUGAGUAGUUGUAACUCCUGGUGAGUCAUCCUAUUUGUUACUUCGUAAUUCUGUACCUAGGCGGUAAAGAAGACCAUGUUAAUUUUUUUAUGAAAUAUAGUUGGCACCAUGUUCAUGAUGUUCUUUUUUGCUUACCAUUAUAUCCAAAGUACAAUUUUAUAUACAAACACAAUAGCAUACAAAAAAAAUUUCAAAAUGAAAACAGUAACUUUUAUCUUGAAAAUAUUUUGUUUUGUCUAUCAAAGGAACUCUAUAAUAAUGUGUUAAAGUUUCAUAAAGCUACUAUAGAAGAUGAAAUGUAAAUACAUAUUUAGAUUUGAAACAAAUUUAAUCUCUCUCUCCUUAAAAUUUACCAUUUUGUGGCACGCCGGCUUAAACCUGCAGGGUACAGAAUUGCAGUGCCCAAAGAUCUCUCAUCAUGCAAUUGGGGACAAUAUUUUAAUGCAAAUGAAUAUUCCAAGAAGGCCAUUCAGUUGUUUAGAGUUUUGACGAAGCAGCAUUCCAGAGAAAAAUCCUAUCCUCCUUUCAUAACAUAGUUGGAACAUAUCAAAUACCUAUUUAAAUAUAGUAUUGAUUACUCACUGCUGUCUUGGAAUUCCUACAUCUGUCUGGGAAUUACUAUUGUGUGUAUUCUGGGUGUAGCUAAGCUGGUAAUGUGUGUGUGUAAUAGAGUAUGUGUCAGCAUGAAUCUACAUCUUGUGGAUAGUAUUAGCAGUUUAAAAGACUGUAGCGUUAGUCUGGAAUAGUGUAGCCUUGAGGCGCCCCCAAGAAUGCAGUCUGUUGGGUUUUCGUUCUGCUUUGAUAGCGUCCGUGUUUACUGUUUACUCAGUUACCUACUACUCAUUCAUAGAAUAGAUGUGUGUUUUUGAUGUGUAAACAUCUUGCCUCUUGGUAUACACCAUUUGGUAGGAGUAACUUCGUGAAUGGAACAUUAGUUGAAUGAGUGGAAAUGUGUAGCCACGGUGCCAAAGUUGUCAAGAUGGCGAGACCCACGUGUAGCAACAUCAACCUGUAAAUAGUCACUUUCGUAAACAUUAAGGGGACAUACCAAGUGUAUUAGUGAGCCAAAUGAAACUUUAUGGUAGUGAAACUACCGUGGAAUAUAUUUGGUAAAAUAAAAUAGUCACAGUAAACACAAGUUUUAAAAUACCUAAGAACACUAGCAUUAAAAUAAUUAUAAGAUAUUUUGUUCUUGCAAAAUCCCAAUAGGCUCAGUAGCACAGAAGUAGAGCGUGCAUGUGUAAAGCUCUAGGGCGAAUUUUUAAUGUGGUUCAAACCUCAUCACUGUAACAAUUUAUUUUUUUACUUUUUUUAGUAACAUAAAACUAAUAUAAUAUUGUGUAAUAAUUAUAAUAAUGAAUCAGAUCAAUAAGGUUUUGUGUUUGUUUGUAGGAAGUAAUUUACAACGGAUUUCAAUUAUUUAAGCAAAAACAAAUAUACAAACUUAUAUUUAGUGUUAUGUGUGUUUUAAAACGUUUCAGGUUAAUAUUUUAGCAAUUACAUUGACGUUAUAACUGCUAAAAUUUGCAGAAACUUUGUUGUAUUAACUGUUUAGUGAAUUUUAAAAACAUUGCCACUAAUUUUAUAGAAUUCUUGUUGAAAAUCAAUUCAAAAGCCGGGGUUUAGGAUUUUUUCAAGUCUUUUUCGCUUUUAUCGGAACCAUUUCUAAUAGUUUAAAAUUUCCAGUUGUUUCGUGCUGCUGAUCGCUAUGUGCAUCUGAUGGUGGCAAGCAACGUUUUGAUUCAGGCAGAAAAUUCUAACGGCGGAUGCAGAAAGUAUGUGCGAGAUUCGCAUCCAGAAAUUUUGGUAUUUGAAAAGCAAAUUUUUUUUAUUUAUGAGUAUAUUUAUCACACUUGGCACUAUUUUAAAGAAUUCUACAUUAAAUUUUGGGUCAGAGUUUACGUAGUUGCAACAUGAACAACAUAAGAACACAUGAAUUUACUCGUUACUGAGGUUAUAUGUUUACACAUCACUGGUGAGUGCAGAAAGACAGCUCACAUUUAUAUUUUUUACUGAUUACAUUCUCCGACACUACUGUGAGACAAUUUUUUAGACACAUGGCAAGUGAUCAGAAUUAUUCUGAUUCCGAUUUUGGUAAUAUUUUGCAUAGUAACCUAUGAGCCGAUUCAAUAAUCUCUCAACAGAAAUCUCUUUCCAACUAUGGAAGAGAGGAAAAUUGCAUCUACACGACGUAAAUUUUUUUUAAAAAAUUUCCGAAGUUUUUUUUUACUAAUUUCAGAAAUAUGAAUUCAACAAUAUACCUAUGUACUUAACACAAUAAAAACAAGAGCUAGGCCAAUACAGUUUGUUGAUCAUGAUAACCCUCUGAUACAGAUUUAAGUGAUUACCAGGCUCGGGAGCACAUAAGCGAUUUUUUGACCCGAUUUAGUGAAUUUUUGUAACUGAGAUUGCACAUAAUUACUGCACAUGUUCAAAGAACACUGGAAACGUCGUAGGCACUACCUCCAAACUGUGUCACCUUAUACCAUUUUCAAAUGCUGUACAGCAUGUUUUUUUUUACAAAAAUAACUUAAAACUAUUUUUUUUUCAUUGCCUAGCAUUAGUCGAUAAAAUAUAUACCCAUUGUGCAACUGGACAACACUGACUGAAAAUCCAUAGAACACAGGGAGAAUAUUCAGUAAGUUGGAGGGGGGAGGGGGUUAUGUAGCCCAUAUCUUCCCAAAUUGUAAAAAAAAAAAAAAUUAACAUUUCCAUCAACACAAGGAAAGAAUUUUAAAGCAAACUUCGGGCAAAGUGGUUCUAUCCUUUUCCCCCUUCUCCCACUGCACAAGAAAUUUUGCAUAUCCUCGGAAAGGGCAAAAAAAAAAAAAAAAAAAGACACACACCUCAGAAUUCAACAGAGAACUUAUUUGUCAAACAGCCAUUGGGGAAAAAAAAAUUACUGGGUUCUUUGAUUAAUUCCUAGUUCUGUAACACUUUUAUUCCUUUGUGCUGCCAGCAGAUUGUAUGUUAUUUUUUAAUUGAUGCUACACAAUGGAAAAUAUACUUUAAAUUAUUAUAAUAGAAUUGCUUUUAACUUCAAAGAUAAAUUUUUUUGCAACCUUGUUUCUGUUCAUAACUGAUGGAAUGAUUACCUCCACCUGGCUUUUGUUCAACAAGUCAAACAAACACACUAUGGACAUAGCUGCCAAUCUAUGACAUAUUAUUUGGGAAAAUAGGCUUUUAUGUGUGACAUAUAGGUGAUUACUGAUUAAUAGGCGCAAGAUUGCAUGGUGAAUUGCAAUAAAACCAAAGUAACACUGAUAUUAUAAUCAGUACACCAAAAAGCACACAAAUACAAUUAAAAUCAUGAAACUAAUCGGUAUUUUCAAAGAAAACUUAACUCUAAUGACAAAUAUGUAAUUUCUUAAAUAUAAAUUCAAUGAAAGUUAUUUAUUUAGCAUGCAAUUUGACAUUUUAUGCAAAUAAAAUUGGAAAAAUUUACUUUUUUUUUUAAUGUUACAACUGUUAUUAGUUACUAGUUUUUAUAUUAAGACAUUAAUUAUUUUUGUGUUUGAAAAAUGUACUGAAGUUUUUUUAUUUGUUUCAAAUAGUUAGACAUGCUUAUUACUAAUGAUUAAAUCAUAAAAGUGUAUCAUGUAUCAGUCAAAAUGACACUGUUUUGGAGAAAAAAAGUAGCAUGGAACAUUCAAGUAUCUUAUUUUUUUAUAGCAAUAUGCUAACUUAUUUAAUAAACCAGAAUUCAUUAAAAAUAAACCAAUAACACAGAUAUCUCUUGUUUAAAAAAAAAAAAAAUUAUUGGCCUGAAAAUUAAACCAUAAAAUCCUGUCUUUCUAUUCAUUAGGUAAUUUUAAAAAAAUUUGAAUUCCUACUUAGGCUAGUUUGAACAAACAUUAUUUUGCUGUUGUGAAUUAAAUACAUCUCUGCCAUUAAUGUGUCACUUCCAUACUCAUACUGAACAAAAAAAAAAUCUUCAUGACCCAUGUUUAAUAUUGACAAUGUAACCUGUGUCACAAGGCAGUAAAUAGUCUUUUUAUCAUUUACUGAACGGGAGCAUGUCAUAUGUUAUACAAAUUGGGUACUCGUAUUAGGAAAAAAAAAAAUGUCAUUCAACUAAUUGGGCUAUAUUUUAAUGUUACAAUAAUAAAUUGGAAUCAGAAUGAAACUGAAUCAUAACUGACAAACGACUGUGCCAUACGACCAAUCUUGGAAAUCAUUAGCUCAAGACACUAGAAGAUAGCACUAAUAAACCACAAAAUGUGGCUUAUUUCUUUAUUUCAGAAUUUUUCCUGUAGUGCAUUUCUCAAAAAGUGAAAAAAAAUUUGUUAAAAAAAUUUUAUGAGGGAUACACUUUUCUGUGCCGAGCACGUUAUGCUAGGAAUGGAAAUACUUUGACGGACACUGGGUAGUUUAAUUUUAUGACUUGGAAUUGUUUGAAAAUUUUGUUAAAUUGUGGUUGCCAUGUUGUGCUGGCAAUCCUCACGACGGACAAGGACAGCUGUGGAUCUGUGUGUGGGAGUCAGGAUGAUGGGGUCAGCCUAAGGGUGAGACAUGUAAGAGCUUCCCCUGAGCCUUGUGUUUAUAAGAAUAACAAUUUCAUUGGUAGGAUUACAGACGGUGCCUUUAAUAUGUGUUGUGUGUUCAUGUUGCCCACAUCAUGCACCAAGAAGUCUUUUUCGCUGCUGCGUUCAGAGUUGUGUGACGUCGUGGCGGCGUCAACCCCCCCACUAUUGCCCCGAGUCGGGCCGAGUGUGCUUUUUUCUUUUGGUUGUUUGUCUCGGCCAAUGUACCCACACUCUUCAAAUUGUGUCUGUACUUCAUUUAAUUUUGUUUUCAAAUUUGUGAUGUGUAUGAAAUUGUGGUGCAGCCCCAGUGGUGUAAAAUGUGCACGAAUGAUGGAACAUUGAGAUUGUAGUUUUUUGCUCUGUUUUGUUUUUGAAUCAGUUGGUGAUGAAGCAUGCAUGGCGUGGAGAAAGAUGCUUUUUAAUGUGUGCUGUGUUUAUCGGUGCUGCCAAAAAAUACGUCAUCAUCCUCAUCUGUCAUCAGUGCGUGGCUUGAGCGAGCUUCCUAUCCUGUUGUCUUUCCCCUCACUUUCUAACUAUUUCCCUGUCAAAGUACUGGUCUUCCUCGCAGCCUUCUUCCAUUAUAUCUUAUUUAAGGCCAGCACCCUUCAUCUGUUCAAGAUGAAGUGUCACUUUUAUGACAGGUACUUCAGGGAACAUUCAGACUUUGAUGGAAAUACUUUCAUGUAGCAAAGAAUAUUCAGCUGCCAAAGUCUGAAUGUUGACUGAAUCGUCUGUCAGAAAAAUCACACCUUCUCUUGAGCCAUAUCAUUCUUGAUUCAUCUCUAAUCUUUGACAACCUCUGUACUGAAACACUUUCAUUCUAAACUUUUCUCAUUAUGCUAUUUCUCCUGGCUACUGUUAUCAUUAUCUUUGUAAGAUCUUUUUUCCAUCCUGUAUCCCUUCCCGUUUGUUGAUUUCAUUUCUUCCCUUUCCACCUUAACAUGACCUAGCACUCUGGAACUGCUCCAUGAAAAUAUUCACUGGUAAUUAUCAUAUUUAAACAAUCUAAGAAACUAUUGAUUCUAAUUUUAGUUUUUAAUCCCUUGGAAAAAAGUUUAUCUGUAAACUUCAAAUGCACUUCAAUUUAAGUAAGAGAUUUGCUUGUAAGAUGUCUAAAAACUAGGGAUCUGCAAGUGUUCAAAAAAUUAUUUGAUAUUCGUUAAUAGUUUUGAUAUUAGUUUCAAUAUUUUGAAUUGAAUAAUUUUUUUUUGUUUUGAUCCCAUCAGAUGUGUGAGAGUGAAGUAAAUAUGAAGCUGAUACCAUUUGAAAGUGACACUAACAGUUUCAUUUGUUACAAGAUUUGUUCAACUUAACACAAUUUAAAAUCCUGUAUGUAAUACAAAAGUUUAUUUUCAAGAGUUGUUGCAUGUGGCUUUAAAGUCUGAAUUGUGUGAAAGUUGAAUUGUGAAGUUGUUUAAUAUUAAUGUAUUUUUUAAUUUUUUUUUUUUUUUUAAGAUAUAGUAUGUCCAAAACACUAAACAUGGUGUAGUGAUGUAAACAGCAACUAUAACCCUAUUUAACAUUGGGAGAUAACCUCAUUGAUCUAGUUUCGUAGAUAGUUUUUUUUCUUUAUCCAUGCAUCCGUGAUAAAGUAAUUUCAUCAUUACACUGACAUUUUCUGUAAAUGAAAAUGGAAGAAUACCAUAUUUCACCAAAGCAUUUAAUUAUUUUAAAAUAAUUAUUUUUUACACACUGUGGCUGCAACUAUAGUUUUAUGUAUAGUGAUACCAUUUAAUAUGCUAAAAGUCAUUAGGUUGAAUUGUGGCACCCAUAUUUUUCGAGGAAGUCAAUAAUGACAUUGUUUGCGUUUUGUAGACAUAAUUUCUUUUAAUAGAUUUUGUACAUGAUGUUUUUGCUAUGUAAUAAAAAAAAUUGAAGAGCUAUAUUUUUUCAAAGCCAAGAAUUUUAUAUUUGUGAGACAAUAAAUUGUAUAGCUUUAAGAGCUUAUGUUUACAUAAAGGCUUCCUUGAAACAGCAAAUUUUAUUUGCUUUUCUGGCAUUAAAUUCUAUGCAUUCUAUUAUUAUUAUCAGCUUGUUAGGCUAAAAAAAAUUAAAUAUGUGACAUAUCAUACUGGUAAGUAUGUUGUUAAUAUGUGUGAAAUAUAUCUACUCCUUAAAUUUUCCUGAAACUAAUGAUAGAGGAACAAAAAUAUUUAUCGUGCUUGUUAAAGAUUAAUGUUUUGAAAGUAACGGUAUGUUAACCUUUCUGAACCAAUAAUUAUUCUUGUGAGUAAUUAUUCUUGUGGCCAAUGUAUUGUCCAGGUUAAUUAUUGUAAAAUUUACUUACUGGACCAAAUGUAUAAGUGUUGCUCCCCAUUUAUUGGCUUGUUUUUAUGUGAAAGAGUUUCUUUUAUGUUUACAUAAGUAGUGUAUCCAAGAUUGGGUCAAUACAAAAUACAACAUAUUUUGAUUAUUGGUACCUACUCACAUAUUCAAAUUAGGUGAAUGUUUCUGGAUAUUAUUUUCUUGCAUACAGUUGUGGCGCAGUAAAGGGUAUAUAGGGCUUGAUUGGUAAAUUUCAGUUUAUGUUAGUGUUAACAUAUGAAAUGUUGAAAACUUACUGUUCAACCAUGUUUCUGGGGUUUUUUUUGAAAGAUUUUCUAAAACUUUUGUGAUUUGUAUUUGUAACAUGAAUUUGGUAAAUUUGUAUGGUGCAAGGAUUAUGAUAUUAUUUUAGUAAAUUUGGCUUGAUUAAAAAAAAUUUUAAAAUUAAUAUUUUAUAAAUUUUUUUAUAAGUCAAAUGGGGAAUGUGUAUGCCUUCAUAAAAACUAUACAAUGUUACAUGACGAAUGCUGUGAGGCCACAAGUUUUCUAUAAUAAUAAAUGAUUUAACAUAAUAUCAUGUUUUGUACACAAAAAUUCAUGUUAUAUUUAAUUGUGCUAUGUCUAGAAGAGUUAUUUGUACAGUUAUUCGCAGUGAAGAUAUGGCAGAUUUAGGCAUAGGGAUGAAAUUACUUGUAUGUCGAAGGUUUAAAUGUGAGUAAUAAGUAUGUAUUACAAUCUAUACAUCACAGCAGGCUGUAUCAAAGUGCUGUAAAUGUAGCUUCUAUUUUAUUCGUGGUGCUUAUUUGCACCUAAUUAGCUCCAGUAAUAAUUAUUUCUGAAAUAGAAGUUUUAUAUGCAUUUUAAAUAGCUGUAAAUUUAUUUGGACAGGUACCAAUGAAAAAGCUAAUUUUGAUAACAUUUUUGCUUUUUAGCAUGAAGACAUGACAGAAAUAAAGAUUGUAAUGUUCUUUUCAAUAGUAGUAAUAAAUGCCACAUCUUUGUAGUAUAUUCUUGUUAUAUUUUUGGGUUUAAAAGUUUUAAAGGAAUGUCUUUCGAUAGGAAGCCAUUUUUUUUUUUUUUACUGAGAAUAUAUCGUAUAGUAAACAAUGUUAGUCAUUGCUCCAAAACCAAUAAAUGCCUAUGUAACUACAUAUAUUGUAAAUAUAUUAUUUUAACUAUAACCCCCACUUAAAAACAGGGAUGAACGUACUGAAUAAUAAAAUUUUAAAUGAAACUAAACAAUAGCAUUCAAUAUGAGCUAAUUUACAGUCAAAAAACAAUAUACAACUUUUACACUGUUUUGCUUGUCAAUAUGUACUUGUAAAGCUUUCGUACAUAUUUAAAUGAUUGGUUAAUUAGUACAUCUGUUACAUAAACUGGUGAGACAUUACUACUAGUAGUUUUUCUUGAUUACUUUCAUGUAUGUCUUGAACUAAUUUUCAUUUUUAUUGAUUUAUUUCAUUUUAUAUACAGAACGGCACCAUUAUUGAUAAUUUGUGACAAGAGCCAGCCUAGAAAUUUACUCUAAAAGCAAAUUGUUCCUGUUGUUUAGUAAUUAUCAUACUGAACUUUUUAAGCAGUUAAAAAUAAGGGGAAAAACUUCAGUGGGUAGUUUAACCAAAAUAGUUUGUGUUUGGAAUUUUGCUACUAACAUUGUGUGUGCUCAAAUUAAAAAUGUUUAAAAUAAAAAUUAGUUUUUAUCCUUAUUUAAGUGCUACUUCAUGUGUUUUUAUUGAUUGUAUAGGCCUAUGUAGCAAAUAUUAAUUUUUUUUAUUGUUUGCCACUGGGUAAACUAUCUUCAUUACAGUUACUAAUCAUACCAAAUACCACAACAUUUAAAAGCCUUUGAACAUAAACACUCUUUCUAAAACAGUUUAUGUUUAUUAUUUAAGCUUAUCAUAAGUAAAAUAAGACAUUUAUAAAUUCAUUUUAUUUCUGAUAAUAUAUGUUUUAAAAGUUGUGCUCAUUUCAUUUUUUUUUUAAUGUGUAUUCAUCUCGCAAACAAAAUUACAAAUAAAAUGUUGGGCUGUAUCAAUAACCGGUUCAAAAAAUCUAAAUUUCAAAUGUAUUGAAGAUCACUUUCUGAAAUGUUUUAUUGCUUCAUGAAAUAAAUUCUUCUAAAAUUUACAUUAUUGACAUCAUGAGUACUAUCAUAUUUUUAUACUUACACUGUUUUAAGUUUUGUAAAAAGUUAGUAAAUUUCCUUAAAAAUACAGAAUGUUAUUUCUAAAAAUUAAGUUUAUAGGUUGACAAUCCAUAGUUUAUAAUUAUAAUAUAUUAUUUUAGUUUCGAUUGAAUAUAUUGCUACCUAAAUUAAGUGUGUUUUUCUUUUUUAACUAAAUUUGCAAACACAGAUAGUGUUUGUACUAAUUCUUUGUUUUGGUUAGUGAUAAGAAGGCUAAUUACAUUGCCUGCUGAAUGUGUAAAAAUAGUUGAAUUAAAUUAUUUUAAUUUAAGAGGAUGUUAAAAGUGCAGAAGAUAUUGUUUUCACAAUUCAAGACACUACUUAAACAUCCGGCUUGCUGUAUUCUGCUUGUGUAAGCGUGUUCGAUUCAGUGUGCAAUGCAAUGACAUUUUAAAGUUUUUACAACUUUAUUUGGCAAACUCCAAAUGUGAUGCGAGAUGAGUGUUAAUUGAUCUGUUUUAUAAGUAUCUCAUGUGUGAUGUUUCAUAGUGUGGUGUAAAUUUGCAAGUAGUGUUUUAUAUAACUAGUGUGCAUAAAAUGCCAUAUCAAAAAAUGUUACAAAGGCAGUAAUAGCGACAUUACAUAAAUAUAUAAUUGCAGAUGCAGAAAAAAAUAAGGAACUGAAAGUGUAUAGUUAAAAAUAUCACUUUGAAUUAUUAUUUUUUUUUUUUUUUUUAAAUUCCUUCAGCAAUGCUUGUCAAUAUGCGCCUAGGUUCUGCAUAUUUGAACAAUUUGAGCAUUCCAUGCAAAAAGGCUUUUUCCGCAACAGGGUAUAUUGUAAUGUGUAACUUGAGGUAGAUCACAUUUGGAUUACAGACAGUGUUUGUAUUGUACAAAUUAAACAAAAAAGACCUUCUGUUGUUUCAGUUGACCAUUAAAAAUUUUUUUGAUAGUAAGUAUU